AGACAAAAAUCACAGCACAGAAAAACUGUACCAUACUCCAUCUCUAGCCCAAGCCCCUAAGCAAAUGCCAUCAACAAUGAAGUUUGGUUUGAAUACACCCAUAAAUGACAAACAAAACAGUACAAAGAAGAAUCACUUUUCUCAUCAUAUUUGGAUAAAGAUAAUUACAUAUAUAAUGUACCAACAUUGAUAUAAUUCCCAAUUCUUCUUUCAAUUGUGAAAACUUACCAUAUUUCACAUUAUAAUGGCCUUCAUAAAAUUACUACUACUUAUUUUAGUUAUUAUAAAUGGCCUAGAGAAUUCAACACAAGUUCUUGUACCUGAUUUUUACAAUGAAUCAUGCCCUUUAUUGGAAGAAAUUGUAAGGUACAUUAUGAAGACUAAAGUGCUGAGGCAACCUCGAGUGGCGGCUCAAUUGUUGAGGCUCCAUUUCCAUGAUUGUUUUGUGCAGGGAUGUGAUGCAUCAGUAUUGUUGGAUAGCAACGGUGUGAUAGUGAGCGAGAAGGGAGCAAAUCCAAACAGAAAUUCACUUAGAGGUUUUGAAGUUAUUGAUGAGAUUAAGGCCGCAGUGGAAGAGGCAUGUCCAUUGACAGUCUCUUGUGCUGAUAUUGUUACUCUUGCUGCUCGCGACUCUGUUGUUUUGAGAGGUGGACCAUCAUGGGAAGUUUCGCUUGGCAGAAGAGACUCCCUUACAGCAAGCUUUGAUGGUGCCAAUAAGUUCAUCCCAACUCCAAAUUUAUCAUUAGAUGCUCUCAUUGCCAAUUUCAAGCAACAAGGUUUAGACACCAAGGACUUGGUUGCAUUAUCAGGAGCCCACACCAUGGGAGUAGCAAGAUGUGUAAGCUUCAGGCAAAGGAUAUACGACACGAGUUUCGCAGAAAACAUCUAUGAAAAAUUCUCAAGCUUCCAGAACUCCCUAAGCUCAAUAUGUCCUAGAUCAGGAAACGAUAAUAAGUUAGCACCACUGGAUUUUAGUACACCAGCAUACUUCGAUAAUCACUACUAUGAGAACCUGGUGGAGUCAAAAGGGUUAUUACACUCAGAUAAUGUGCUGGUACUCGAAGAUCAAGGUGGAAAUAUACAAGAUAGAGUUUGGGCAUAUGCUUCUAGCAGAGAGUUUUUCUUUGAAUCUUUUGUUAACUCUAUUAUUAAGAUGGGCAAUAUUAAUGUAUUAACAGGGCUUCAAGGAGAAAUUAGGAAAAAUUGUAGAUUUGUUAAUUAGUUACCAAGUACUCGUUGAUUUUCACAAGAACAAUGGCAUUUAUAUAAAGCAUUUCUUACAAUUCAACGAACCCACACAACUGAUCAUACUCUUGAACGAUAGAAAAAUACAUCUUGAACAAAAUAUCACCAUAAUACUAUAGCAUCCAAUAGCUUAGUGAAUCACUAUUAGUGAUGGUUGAUCACAACUAAAUGUACAGAAAUCCCAUUGUAUGUGCACCAUCAAGCACACCACCAAGCACCAUAUGGGGGGCCACCAACCCCAUGCACCUCGCGAGCAAUUCACUAUAUGAGACGUUUUAGGUCGAUUUCAAGUGACAUAACUUGCAAAUGUACCUACUC